UCCACAAAAUAAAACAUCAGUGAUAAACAUAUUAUGCUAAAAACAAUCUCCUCAUCAAGUCCAUCCAACAAGUGGCAUUCUGCAAAAAUUAUUUUGACUUGUUGACCUUAUUUAUAAACACUUUAAAUCAUCCAAUCUAAAUUUAUACACAUUAGAUAAUUUAAUUAAAGGAAAAAGAGCAGACCAAGUCCAUUCAUAAUAUUUAUUUUGUUGCAGCUUCAACUAUCUCAGCAGAACUCAUAUACAGUAUAAAUUACAACACACACAAACGUUAAAAAACCAAGCAUUCUCUCAUCCCCUCUAAUGGCUUCCAUCACCUUCCCUCUCACCAUCUUCCUAGCCAUCACCCUAACCCUAACCCUAAUCUUAAAAAUUAGUGCAGCUACUCCAGAGACGAACGAAAAGGAGACUCGGCUGCAUUUCUACGCUAACGAAAGGACUGAAUCCCCCAACGCUACUGUUAUAAAAGUAGUGUCCAGCCCAGUUGACCAAUCAAAACAUUUCUACAGUUUUGGUGACAUAUUAGUUUAUGAUAACCCUAUCACUGAGGGUUAUGAUCCCACGUCGCGCCUUCUUGGUCGGGUGCAGGGCACAAUGACAGUUGCAUCGCUUGACGGCUCUGCUGCCCUUUUCACCGAAAAUUGGUUUUUUACAGAUCUCCACCCCUGGACAGGUAGCUCGAUCACAGUAGUUGGUAGGCACACAUUCCGGGAGGAAACAGCAGAGUUCCAGGUGGUGGGAGGGACGGGUCAGUUCCGGAAUGCAGAGGGAUACCUUCUAAUGACCAGAUCAUCAACUAAUGACGUGAAUAUUAAAAUUGUUGAGGUGAAAGUAGUUGUCUUCAAUAGCUAGCUUGCUGUCUAAUGUGGCUGAGAAAUAAAUGGCUUGAUAUAAUAACAAUAAUCUUAUUUAAGCUUGAUUAAAUAGCCAUCAUUUGUGGGUUUGGAGAUGGGAUGCUUGAUUAUAGAUGUUGAAUUCAUGUCUUUUAUUUUAUUUUA